AUGCCAAAACUCAAGCAAGAACUUGAAUCGUUUUUGAAGGAUGGAGUACCUUUCAGAAUUAUCUAUUCUACGUCGUCCGCAUUUGUAACGCGAUCGACGUCGAGGAUAUGUAUUCUUGACUCCUCGUUCAACCCACCGCACAGGGGUCAUUACUCCCUAGCCGAAAACGCGAUCCACUAUGAUUUUCCGGAAAGAAAUGCCAGAAAAGAUGCCCAUGAUAAGAGCAACAGAUCCCUGCUUCUUCUGCUGUCAGUUAAAAAUGCAGACAAGGUUGUUCAGCCUGCUGCCUUCGCUGAUCGGAUCGCGAUGAUGAUUUCGCUGGCGGACUUUGCCGGUCAAAGUCUUAAAGUUCCAGUGGCUCUGGGACUUACAUCGCAUGCAAAGUUUGUGGACAAGGCAACGGCCAUUGGAAAAACUUUAACAGAAGAGUACAGGUCAUUUCACCCCACAGAAAUGCCAUUGACGUUUCUGAUGGGGUUUGAUACGCUGAUCCGGGUGUUUGAUCCCAAAUACUAUACACCAGCAUCAGUGCGUGAUUCACUGAGCAGUUUUAUGGACCUCUCUGAGCUAUUUGUGCUCACUAGAGACGAUGGACUCCACAGCCUGGACGAUCAGAAGCGGUACAUCGAGAACAUAAGGCUCGGAAAGACAGACACAAUUCCGAAGGAAUGGUACUCCAAGAUUCACAUGGUUGAUGGCCAAAAGGAAUCAACUGCAAUCAGCUCCUCGGCCUUGAGACGAUCGAUAAGCUCAAAAGAAGACUCUUCCAUAUGGAAGCCGUACACGAUCGAUGCGAUUUCCGAAUACAUUACUGCCGCAGGUCUUUACAGACCAUUUCCCUCUGGUGACAGCACCUGA